AUGAUUUUCACUCCUUUUUACGCUGUGCCACUAUUAUUCGAUGAAAUUAGUAUACCAAUGCUGGGUGCGAUAGAUGCAGUCAGCCCUUGUUUUAUGCUUGCAGCUUGGCAACUGUACAGUUUUGCUCUGCUGAAAGAUUACAAAGCUCAAUAUCCUCUAGUUCACAAAGUUUUAUUCAAUCCCUACGAUGGCGGAGUUGCUCUAAUGCGCGAGCAGUGGGCUCACGCCGCUAAUCCACUGAAAAAUCGAAGACCAAAGUUAGAAUUAUUUUAUAUUCCUCACGAAGAGAGUCACAUGUAUAAAGCUGUUGGCACGACUCUUCCCGAAGGUUGCGUUAUUCAAGAUGUUGAUGAAAAGGUGAAAGAUGGUACAAACGUUAGCUCGCAUCAUGGUUUUAUUCAUUCUGAUGUAAUAUUAAACGAGAUUGCGUUCGACAAUUACACUGACGAACUUCUUGCAUCGAGGCUUAUGAACGAUAUGAUCGAUUUGCGAUUCCAAAAAGACUCUAUUCUUAGACUACCAGAUAUUUCUUUUGGCAAGAAUGCCGAGUAUGUCGAGCGUGAUCAAGUAUCGGAACGAUUCCAAGAAGCUCGAAAGCGUCGUGAUGCAUUCGCUGAUCGAAUGAUGCAUCCUUCUCAAGCUGACCAAGCCAAAUGA